CACUGGGACUUGGGAUCACUGGGACUGGGAUCAGUGGGGCUGGGAUCAGCAGGACUGGGAUCACUGGGACUGGGAUCACCGAGGCUGGGAUCAGCGGGGUUGGGAUCACUGGGAAUGGGAUCACCAGGACUAGGAUCAGGGUCGGGGGGAUGUGAAGGGCAGGAAAGGGAAGGAGGAGCAGCAGGAAUUUGAGAGAUGGAAUCCCACAUCCCUUGGGAUAAGGGCCAAGGGGAAACCCUGUAUCUCUUGGGACAGGGAACGAGGGGAAAUCCUGCAUCCCUUGGGAUAAGGGCCGAGGCUGGAUCCCAAAUCCUUUGGGAUAGGGAAUCCCACAUUCCUUGGGCAGGGAAUCCUGCAUCCCUUGAGAGCGGGGCCAAGGCUGAAUCCCACAUGCCUUGGACAGAGAAUCCCACGUCCCUUGGGACAGGGGCUGAGGGGGAAUCCUGAAUCCUUUGGGACAGGGAACAAGGCUGAAUCCAGCAUUCCUUGGGACAGGAAAUCCCGCAUCCCUUGGGGCAGGGAAUGAGGCCAAAUCCCACAUUCCUUGGGCAGGGAAUCCCACGUCCCUUGGGCAGAGAAUGAGGCUCAAUCUCACAUUCCCUAGGACAGGGGCCGAGGGCUGCAGGGCCCAGCACGUGGUGCUGGAGGACAAUUCCUCCUCCCUUUCCUCAUUUUCCUCCUCCCUUUCCUCGUUUUCCUCCUCCCUUUCCUCCUCCUCCUCCUCCUCAGCAGCAGAGCUCCCAGCCCCGUGCCCAUCUAUACAUCUCUACAUAUACAUUAAUUACAUACACGUAUAUACACACACAGACACGCCCAGCCCCACCAAACCUUCCUCAUUCCCACCAAACCUUCCCGGGCUGAAAGCUCAGAGCCUGGCAGAAAACCGUGGAGCCCAGAAAAAAUCAUGGCAAGGGUGGUUAUGGGAGAAAAAGGGAAUUAAAAAAUCCAUUCCUGCUCUCGGCUGACGGGUUUGUUCCUGUGGAAGCCUCUGAGCUGGUGAUUCACGGCAGGGAGAGCUCGGAAUUCUGGAGCUGGAGAUGAGGCAAAGGAACAGGAGAGGGAUUGUCAGGGAAAUGGGGGAGGGAGUGGGGAAACUUGAGGCAAACCAGCCCAUCCUGGCUGCCAUCCAGCCCGAGCCAUCCCCUGAGCCAUCCCCUUCCCUGCAGCUGGGUCCCCCCAGCACGGCUCAUUGCGGAAAGGUCCAAAAUCUGAGAGAUUUCUGGAGCAAAGGGACAACUCCAUCCCAACACAGGGACCUGGUGCUUUUAUGGAAAGGUCCAAAAUCUGAGAGAUUUCUGGAGCAAAGGGACAACUCCAUCCCAACACAGGGACCUGGUGCUUUUAUGGAAAGGUCCAAAAUCUGAGAGAUUUCUGGAGCAAAGGGACAACUCCAUCCCAACACAGGGACCUGGUGCUUUUUUUAUAGAAAGGUCCAAAAUCUGAGAGAUUUUUGGAGCAAAGGGACAACUCCAUCUCAACACAGGGACCUGGUGCUUUUAUGGAAAGAUCCAAAAUCUGAGAGAUUUUUGGAGCAAAGGGACAAUUCCCAGCCCUGCAAAACCCAUGCAGGGCUGGGUCCUGCUGCUGCUGGGCCCCUUCCAUGUCCUGCCCUUCCCAAACUCCCCAUUCCAGCCCCGGUUUGGGCUCUCUGCUUUCCCUUCCCUUUGCUCCUCUCCUGCCGUCUGCGGGUGGGUGUGUUCCAGGAGUUCCUGGAUAUUCUCCUGCUGGAUAUUCUCCAUCAUUCUCCUGCUGCAAUCCCAGCAGGGAGAGCCCCAAGGCUGGCACAGCUGGCAGAGCAGCCCACACCACCCUGCAGAUCCAGAAACUCCUAAAAUUAUCCAGCUGGAGCAGCCAAGAGUCUCCCCGCGGCACCAGCACAUCACACGCACGCAGGAACGUGCGGAAAAGAAACGGAGAAGCCGCGGAAAAUCCCUCGGGGAGCACAGCUGGAAGGACCGGCACAUCUGGGCACUGCCACGGCUGUUCCCGGCUGGGAUCACCACGAGGGAUCCCCACAUCGGAGGGGACGACGCCAGGCUCGGCUUUGGGAAGGGAAGAUGCUGGAGACACCGAGGUCAUUUUCCCAAAACCCGCUCUGCGGCCGAAUCAGCAGCUGGGGCUGGGGGUGGCUCCUCCUCGCCUCUCCCCGCCCCUCUCCCCACCAGGAGCCCCCGAAAAGCCCCGGAGCAGCAGGAGGGAGCAGCUGCCUCCACCAACCCUCGGGGGUUUAUCCAUCCCUGCUCAUGCGGAAAUGACAUUAUCCAGGAUUUUUUUUUUUGGGAGAUGGGCUUUCCCAAAAAUUCCUGCCCGUGUGUUCAGCUCCAUCCCAACUCCUUGGAGGGAGGCACAGGAUCACAUCCUCCUGCACAAGCCUUUUCUUCCCUUCAAACAUCAGCUCGUGGAGCUGAGGUGACACAAGAGGCUCUGACAUCAUUAACACCACAAAAAGCAGUUUUUGGGUUGUCCAAACCCCAAAAAAUUCUCCUGGAGCUCACAUCCCUCUCCAGGUGGAGAGCAGAAGCGUGGAAGCAGGAGAUAAACAACAAAUUAUUUGAUCACUUCUGAUUAGCAGUUUAAUUGCCUUCACCUUUUUUUUUUAUUGUGUUUAUCUCAUUUUUUAAUUACUGCAAAAGUCCUGCCCGGGCUCCUCUCACCCUCCCACCUCCAGCUUUCCUCACUCCCGAAGCUGUGACGGAUUUAAGUGCCAGGAUUACAACCUAACACCAGCUGAGAGGGACUAGGUUAAGCUUGAGUGAGUAAAAAAAUUGUAUUAUGGAACUUCAGACUAUUAAAUAGGGGGGAAAAAUGGAAUGAAGAAGAUUAAGGAGGCAGCUCUGAAAAGCAGCAUUAAAAAGAUUAAGCUGGGAGGGUUGGAUUUAUUUUUUUUUUUAAAGCAAGCUCUAAAGAUUAAAUCCAGGUUUUCCCAAAAGAUGGGGAUUUUGGGUGGCCGUGGUGACCUUGACUUGUGCCACUCCCCUUUGUGUGAUCCCAAAAUCCUAAAAAUCAUCAAAUCCAGGAGUCCAAACUCCCUCGGGAGCAGCACAAAGUGGCUCUGGGUUGGCUCCUUCUGAGUGUGUUCCCUCCCUUGGAGCACCAUUCAUCCUCAUCCUCAUCUUCAUCCUCAUCCUCACCCUUCAUCCUCAUCCUCAUCCUCAUCCUCACCCUUCAUCCUCAUCCUCCCUCCAGGAUGGACACAGAAACGGGCACUCCCAGCACCACCCCCCAAACAUCCAACAGACUCCAACAUCCCAAGCUCCAAGAACCUGAACCACGAGGAUUUUGAGGCUGACAGCUCAAAAAUGAGGAUUUAGAGCUGAUCCAUGCCUGGAGCUCUGUUCCCUAUCCCAAAGUAAGGGCUGUAUCCCAGGGAAAAGCAGCCCAAAGCCCCCAACUUCCCCACCCCAAAUCCCACCCAAGCAUCUCAAUGCAUUGAGAAAUUCCAGGGAUUUCAUUUCCUUCCAUACCUGUCUUACUAUGGGUAUACAGGAGUGGAGAUAUAUAUUUUAAUAUAUAUUUAAAAUAUUCAUAUGGCCUCAAAUCCCUUCCACAAUGAAGCUCUUCUGUUUUGUAGCCCCCACCAGGGCCAUGAAACCCUAAACCCACCAACCCCCCUCAGGGGCCAAAGUGUCCCUGGUUCUGUGCAGAUUAAUGCACAAAGCAAUGAUUUUUUUCCCCCCAAAUUUCCCAUUUAAAUUGCUCCAAGAGCAAAUCCAAAGUCUCUGCGGGACCCCACUAAGAUCACGACCAUCAUGACAACAAAGCUCCACAAACAGGGCUCCAGCUAAUUAAGAGCCACCUCAUUGGAACACCUUAAUUGAAAUAUCUGGAUUGAAUCUGUGUGCAGAGAUUGCUGUGGGAAAUCCAGCCUUUCCCAAAGGCACUGGAGGCUCUGGAUCCUCCCCUGGGCAGCCUCGGAGGGGACACCUGGGGGGACACCUGGGCUCUCUCCAGCCCUGUGGGUUGUGCUGGGAUUUAAACACCAAUGAAGGAAAACCAUCAAUCCCGGGGAUUCAAACAACAAAGGAAAACCAUCAGUCCUGCGUCUUUCCACUGAUUUUGGGAUCUUCCCGACGAUGCAAGCAGCCCAGGGGCAGAGCCGUGGUUCUGCCUCCUCUUCCUCACCUCUGGAACCAGUGGGAUCCCUGCCCGAGGGGACAGGGAUUGUCCCUGCUUGGAUUUCCUUCCUUAGGCUGCGUCCCCCGCCUUGCAGAGCUCUGUUAUCCCCUCUGGAAGAGCCAGGGACAGGAUUCAGCUUCUCCAUUCCCAGCUCCUCUCCAAGCAAUGUCCCGCAAAGCCGAGCUUUAGUGGUCACAGUGAAAACCCAGCCCAAGCCAAGUCCCUCCCCGGCCAAACCCCUCGGCCAGACACGAUCCAAGAGAUUCCAGGGGGUGGCUGGAGGGCAGGGCCUGGGCUGGCCCAGUGCAGCUCCACAAGCGCUCUGGAAUGUUGAUCCAAAGGGAUCAUUCCCAGUGUUUGUGUUUAUUUCCUUUUUUCCCCCACUCCAGCAGCAAAUGCCAGGGCACCAGGUAUUCCAGCCCCUUGUGCUUUACCCAAGGUUCCAGGAGCGUUGGAGAGCCGUGUUCUCUCUUCCAGCAGAAGGGGAUUCCUGCAGAGUGACCAAACCCGUUCCAAAAGAAAUCCAAAAAAUGAAGACGAGACAGAGGGAAGGAAAUCUCCCUCCUUCACGGACGGAAAAAAAAGGAGAAUAAAUCCAAAGCAAGCCCUCGUGCCCCAGGGCUGGCAGGAGGUGUCCGGAUCCUGGACUUUGUGGUGGUGGUGGUGGGAGAAGUCCAGCUGAGCUCCGGGCGCCGUGGGCAGCCCGUGCUGUGCUCCCCAGGGCCCUCUGGGCACGGCUGCGCUGGCACCGUCCUUGGCAUCGGCCGCGUGUCCCGUCCCUCCCGCCAGCAGAAAGGCCAGCGGUGCUCGGUGUCACCCCGGUGCUGCUCGGUGUCACCUCAGCGGUGCUCGGUGUCACCCCAGUGCUGCUCGGUGUGACCCCGGUGCUGCUCGGUGUGACCCUGGUGCUGCUCGGUGUCACCUCAGCGGUGCUCGGUGUCACCCCAGUGCUGCUCGGUGUCACUCCAGCGCUGCUCGGUGUGACCCUGGUGCUGCUCAGUGUCACCCCGGUGCUGCUCAGUGUCACCCCGGUGCUGCUCGGUGUCACCUCGGUGCUGCUCAGUGUCACCCCGGUGCUGCUCAG